AUGAAGCUGCUGCUGCUGCUGCUGCUGCUGUGUUUGGGGCUGAGCCUAGUCUGUGUCCAUGCAGGAGAAGCCAGUUCCCUGGGAGAGAACUUUGAUGCAGAACAGAUUAGUGGGGAUUGGUACUCUAUUGUCUUGGCCUCUGACAAAAGAGAAAAGAUAGAAGAACAUGGCAGCAUGCGAGUGUUUGUGGAGCACAUCGAAGCCUCCGAGGAUUCCUUAGCCUUUAAGCUCCAUACUGUCGAAAAUGGAGAGUGCACCGAACUGUUUUUGGUUGCUGACAAAACAGAAAAGGCUGGCGAAUAUUAUGUCAACUAUGACGGAGACAAUACAUUUACUAUACUGAAGACAGACCAUGAUAAUUAUAUUAUGUUUCACAUGGUUAACGUCAAGGAUGGGAAAUCCUUCCAACUGAUGGAGCUCUAUGGCAAAGAACCAGAUUUGAGUCCAGACAUCAAGGAAGAGUUUGCAGAGCUAUGCGAGGAGCAUGGAAUCCCUAGGGGAAAUGUCAUUGACCUAACCAAGACCGAUCGCUGCCUUGAGGCCCGAGACUGA